AUAUUACACUUACCUGUACUUUUUCCUUCCUUUCCCCCUUCAGAAAAACACUUGCAUGGCUUAUUAUCAAUUUUUAAAGUGUUUUAUUCUCCCUUUUCUGUUAAUAUUUAUUAACCUCUGCUCAAGUCACUCAGCAAAGACACUAGAACUUUGGUUUUCCUGAGUAGGAAAACAUCAACUACCACACAUAUGAACUAGAUAGGAUUUUUAUCCUUGUGUAUGCCUAAUUAUCUUUGCAAGCAUUGCCCAUGUGAGAGAAAACAGCAAAAUUGCGAGAAGAUUCCAUGGGGACUUAGUAAAAAUACCCCAUCUUUAUGUUUUACAGGGUAUUAUAGACUUUUGUGUGAAGAUGUAUUUCCAAGGGACCUCAUCAACCUUACCUUGGCUUAGAAAUUCGGUAUGAAUUCAGCACCACAUAUCAAAAAUAAAGUGAGCAACUAUCCUACUUAAUUCAUUGUUUGAAAAAAUCGUCAGUUACCACCAUAGGAACCCCAGCCGACUGCUCUGUAGUUGGAGUCAUCCUGUGAUGCUGAUUCACAAUGUCAUGAAAUUUUAAAUGACAACACUGAGCUAAAUCGGGGAGCAACAAGCCUCAGCCAAAUUUAAAUUUAGAAACGCUGUUAGUUUACCGAGAGUAACCUUGUCCAUGUCAGAUCCUGGUGAUUGGAGAUUACAUGUGACCAGGUGUCCAUCUUUCUGCUCUGUUUAGAGAUAACCAAGCCCCACUGGCUUAAGAUUGGCAUUUCUGCUGCCCACCUCAGGAGUCUCAAAGGCCAGCUGACACCCUUGGAAAGGAGACAACCCACUUGCCAUAUUCUUGGAAGUCUCUCCUCCAUACAUAUAGAACUUUCUGGAUGAGCAUGAAGAUGUGAAGGUGUUCAAAAGGAGAAAAACUCCCAAGACAACCAGCAGGUGAGGUGAGGCCAUGGGACACCCACUAGCCAGAUAAUCUUCACUGGAGUAACUGAGAAGUGUCUGAAUGUAGGCCGUGGCAGUCCUGAAGGUUGAUGGAGGGCCAUGCUAUUCAAACAGCAGGUGUGGCUGAGACAGAAGCUCCUGGUGCUGGGAAGCCUUGCCGUUGGGAGCCUGCUGUAUCUAGUUGCCAGAGUUGGGAGCUUGGAUAGGCUCCAGCCCAUUUGCCCUGUUGAAAGCCGAUUUGGUGGCGCCCACAGUCAGGCUGAGUUCCCACUCCGGGCUCUACAGUUUAAGAGAGGUCUGCUGCAUGAGUUCCGGAAAGGCAACACUUCCAAGGAGCAGGUUCGCCUCCAUGACCUGGUACAGCAGCUCCCCAAAGCCAUUAUCAUUGGGGUGCGGAAAGGGGGCACCAGGGCCCUGCUAGAGAUGCUGAACCUCCAUCCUGCAGUGGUCAAAGCUUCUCAAGAGAUCCACUUCUUCGACAAUGAUGAGAACUAUGCUAAAGGCAUUGAGUGGUACAGGAAAAAGAUGCCUUUUUCCUACCCUCAGCAAAUCACAAUUGAAAAGAGCCCGGCCUAUUUCAUCACGGAAGAGGUUCCAGAAAGGAUUUACAAAAUGAACUCAUCUAUCAAGCUGUUGAUCAUUGUCAGGGAGCCGACCACACGAGCGAUUUCUGAUUACACUCAGGUGCUAGAGGGGAAGGAAAGGAAAAACAAAACAUACUAUAAGUUCGAAAAGCUAGCCAUAGACCCUAACACCUGCGAGGUGAACACAAAAUACAAAGCGGUUAGGACCAGCAUCUACACCAAACAUCUAGAGCGCUGGCUCAAGUAUUUUCCGAUUGAACAGUUCCACGUCGUGGACGGAGACCGCCUCAUCACCGAGCCUCUGCCUGAACUACAGCUCGUGGAGAAGUUCUUAAACCUUCCUCCGAGGAUAAGUCAGUACAAUUUAUAUUUCAAUGCUACCAGAGGGUUUUACUGUUUGCGAUUUAACAUUAUCUUUAAUAAGUGCCUGGCGGGCAGCAAGGGGCGCAUCCAUCCAGAGGUAGACCCCUCCGUCAUUACCAAAUUGCGCAAAUUCUUUCAUCCUUUUAAUCAAAAAUUUUACCAGAUCACUGGGAGGACAUUGAACUGGCCCUAAAAUAUCACAUUGUACAACACCAUGUGUUGUACCUGGAGACACAUGGCAUCUCCUCUCAAUUAAAAUACGCACUUUCCCAGACGCAGCUCCCCAGUUCAUUUCUCCAUGAAUACUUGUACAUAUGCAGUGUGUGACCAAAUAUAAGAUCAAUUCUUUUUAAUUUCUACUGAAACUUUACAAAAAAUAAAAUAAAUACUAAGUGGCUGCCUGCAUAGUUGCAUCUUUUAAGCUAUUGACAAAUGAGAAGAGGAGGUGGUGGGACUGGGGGAAAGUGACUUCAGAUAUUCUCAAGAGUUAGUCUUCCUUUGAUUCGGAACGUGUCACCCGCCGUUUUCAUAGGUUUAAGCCAAAAGAUGAAUGUGUGAAAAUGUACCAGUGGCUACAAAGCUUCAGGAAGUAGACGGUUCAGUUUUAUGGUUUUGCAUUUCUGUUUUGUUUUUGUUUUUGUUUUUGUUUUGUCCUAAGGUGAAGCUGGCUUUUUAAUCCAGAUACUGGAUUGGUGCCAUGAAAACAGAAUACACUAUUUUCUUUUUAUUUAAAAGACUGUCUUAUCUCAUAAAAUGGACGUUGUUCCAAAGUUCCUAUGGUGAUUUUGCACUCUUGUUUCCUUGUUUGGACCAUGGUAUCAUCUGUAGCAUGUCAAUCAUGUGCCGGCAAGUCCAGUCCUUUCACUUCCACGUGUAUGUCAGCAAAGAGAAAUGUCCUGUACAUACUGUAAAUGAUGUAAAUAUCAGUUUCACACUAAGUAAUUCUAUUUUGUAAACUGAAUAUGGCUAUUUAAUUUAUUGUGAAAAUUAAAUUUAUUGUGGUAUUUAAAAUGGAAUGGAUUAAAAUUACACUAUGUGCAACUUUUCUUAAAAACUCCUU